AUGUGCGAGGUGCAAAAGCUAUUCGACGGACUGUUCCAGACCAUGUCCAGAGCUAGGGAUAACCGCCGCAGCAACACGCUAGAAUUAGUCAACGAGUUACGAUGCUGUAACUGCUGCCAUGACAAGCGAAUAAAGGACGCUGCAGAGGCUAUAAAGAAGCCUCCGGUGCCCCAAAUGUUCACUAAGAAGAAAGUUAUCUUCCUCUGUGGGGCAAUACUUGUGAUGAUACCCAUCGUCACGGUGUUUCUGGCCAGAAAUUAUAACCACUCCCAAUCCCAUGGCAGCGGGGCCUGUGUCUCAUCGUUUUUAUUCACCUUUACGGAUUGCGAAGUGAUCUUUUGA